AUGCCGACCAAAGCCAAGCUGUCCAUGUUGCUGCUUGAUCUCAAGCUCAUACUUGAUCUCAAGCCCGAGCUUGUGCUCCAGCUCGGGCCCAGUCGGUGCGGUGGAAGCCAAGUGCAGUCCCAGCCAGGCCUGGACGCCGGUCCCGCCCAUGCAGGCCUUGUGUCCGGCUCCGGGGCUCCCCUAAGACUGGAGGGCGCCGUUUAA